AUGUUUGUUUGCUUAAAUACCAGCGAAUGUCCUGCCUUCACUUUAGUUGCUACAGUUAUGACUGAUAAUCGGUCGGAUUCACGCGAAAGGGAUGAUGAGGAAAUUCCGCGCAGUGUCUACUUAUUUUCAAAAAGAUGCUCAGAACGUCAUGAGGCGCCUCGGGAAUACGAAGAAGAACCAAGAGAGGAUCCUUUACUGAGGCGAAAUCGCAUGAUGAGGCAGCCAUACGCGAAAGACGACGAAGCAAAAAGGUUCGAUUUUGAGUUAUUUAGGUCUGUGGCUUGAAC